AUGAAAGAUACUAAGUUUCAUAAAUCCUUCCAGCCCACAGGUUGCAAAACCCGCUAUGAGAACAUCGGGGAGAUUGGUGCUGGCAUCCAAGCUCAGGAGGCGUGGGAGGCCUUCGAGCCUCAUGGCAUGCUCGUCACAGUUGGCGCAGUAGCUUCCGUUGGCAUCGCAGGGGGCUACGGUCAGGGAGGUGGCCAUGGACCGCUGGGGCCCAAGUAUGGACUCAUGAUCGAUCAAGCAGUUGAGUUCGACGUCGUCACUGCUGAUGGCAAGCAACGCACUAUCAAUGAAUGCAGCGACCCGGAUCUCUUCUGGGCAAUGCGUGGAGGCGGAGGUGGCAGCUACGCUGUGCUCACAUCCUACAAGUUUCAGCUGCAUCCGGCUGAGCCUAUCAAUGUGUACAGCUUUCAAGCUCACUUUCCGGAGCCAAAAGACAUCGCCAAGUCGAAGAUCCAUCGCGACAUCAUCACCGGGCUUGCCUCCAAUCAGCCCUCGUUUUCCAAGCAUGGAGUUGCCGGAUACAAUUUUGUACUCCCAGAUCAUGUCGUGUUUCUUCAAGUAUUGCCCUCUAGCGACACUUCAGAGAUCAAGGCUAUCACUUCCCAAUGGCAUGAUUUUCUUACCAAUUAUCCUGGUCUAAAUAUCACCGAGAAUGAGUAUCACUCCUUCAAGAGAUUUUCGCAGUACAAUGAAUUUACAGAGAGACCCGAGAUAUCUCGCAAUGGGCCGGUCGGUCUAGGCUUCAAUGGCGGAGGACGCUUCAUCCCCAAGGAUCUCUUCAAUUCGACUGAUAAUAUCGAACGACUAGUGGAUGCAGUUGUAACUGCAAUGCACUUCUCUCGCACCAACCAUGGCGGUGGAGGCGCUCAGUUUUACGCUACUGGACCUGACAACACUCCCGAUAAUGUGAUGGGCCAGUUCUGGACGACAGCCACACCACCAGCUGUGCGAUCGCAGAUCCAAAAGACCGUUUCCGCUACUAUUGAGCACUUGAAGACCGUGACACCAGGUGGUGGGUGCUAUUCUAAUGAGGGCGAUUGGACUGAGGAAGACUGGCAGCAAACGUUCUUCGGUGAGCACUACGAUAGGCUACUGGCAAUCAAGAGGCACUAUGAUCCUACCGGUCUAUUCAAUUGUUGGAAGUGUGUGGGUUGGACAGGAUAUGAUGAUCCAAUGUAUUCAUGCAGUCGACCUGUACGGUCGCGGUUAGACGCGCGAUCACCUCCCACACUUCUUACCUUUACUUCCUCCAACCCACAUCACGCGACAGUCAACUACCACGAGAUUAUCACUCGAACCGCAAUCUGCUCACACAAUCACUUCAAGAAUCUAACUCAGAACAACUCAGCAAUGCGCGCAUACUUCGCCGUUGCCUUUGCGCUGCCGCUCAUCGCUGCGGGCGCGCACCUGGGCCAUCGCCACAGUCAUGAUCAUGCCGACGUUCAUCGCCGCGCGGUCAAAACUGAUGUCGUCGUUGUCACCGAGACGGUAUAUCUUACGCUGACUGCAGAGCCCAUCUCGACCUCACCACAAUCUUCUAGCUGUGCCGCCGUCAGCACCUCGACUGCGGCUCCACCGUCCAUUACUUUCAACUUCCCGGAGAAGGGGCCAUCCGAUAUCGCGUCCAGGUCUGCGUCGUCUUCUGCCGCAUCGUUCUCUGCUGCGCCAUCAUCUGAUUUACCACCUAAGACUCCAUCAUCUACCGGCAACCUCUAUGCGCCUUUGAGCUACGAACCGCAUACUGCCAUCAUUGUCAACUCCUGCGACUAUGGCGUCUACGUAUCUUCAAUCGGCGACGUCACUACCUGUGGCCCCGGAAAGAUUUGCGAGCUUGUUCCCGCUAACACCACCUACUCCGAACCCAUCCGCAGCUGCGGCGACUCUGGAAUCUCCCUCAAGGUCUCAAAGACGGAGUCAAUGGCCCAGCCGAUGCAGUUCGAAUAUACUGUCUGGCCUGACAGCACCACCAUGUCCUACGAUAUCUCCUACUUGGACUGCCAAGUCAAGACUGACGAUGUCUUUGACUUCAGCGCCUGCGUGGGACACGAGAAGGGUAUACAGGCUGCCGCCCCCAAUGGACCCGUCUACGAGUGCGUGGCAAAUGAACCAUGUGCUCAGAAUGCCUACAUUGUACCUGAGUUUGGCUACUUGCCCGGUGCACCGGUCGGUAGUUCCACCAUCGACAAGGGUAUUGCCUUCGAGAUUUGCGCAGAGAACAGGACGUGA